AAGGGACGAUUUCAUGUCAGACGAUGAAUUCCUCGAGGAGCUACACAGCGCAACGAUUGUAGAGGCCCGCCCAGUGACGGUGGCUCGAUCUCCGAUCACUCCUCUUUCCGGCGGAUUCAAUUUUUCAAAUCAGGGGAACAUUGACGAUUCUUGCUCGGUCAGGUCUGUCAGCAUUUACAGGUCAUCGAGCUACCGUAAAAUGGGUGAUGAGGGAGAUCAGGUGUCCUCUGAGCCUCCUCGGUCGGCAUCUGCUGCCAAACGUCUUUCGGCAACUUCAUCCCUGGAAAAGCACGACCUCACCGCCAGAUUGACUCGCAACGUCUCAUCUGGCAUCUCUCGUCGCAUCCAGGCUUUGAACGAGUUCAAUAGCCGAGAACCCAGCCCGGUCUACACCGGGCAGGCAAGCCCGCUCACUCCAGAGACAUCACCCAACGCUUUCUUACAUCAAGACAGCAAAGACCGGAGCUUGCCUCGCAGAAUGCUCUCCAAACGACGACUAAGCAGACAAAACGCCGGCUCACACACUCCGCCUUCGCCAAUGGAAGGUGCUCCAGUCUGGAACGUUCAACACGAUCCCGUCACCAACAGUAAUUCCGUCUCGGUGACAGCACGGAUCGUGCGACCCGAGCAGGUACCCGACGAGAACUCCGCCCUCCAACAAUCCGAUCUCUCCUUCGCUCCCCGCGACUCAGCUUCCUAUCAAUCACUUCCCGAACUCCCCCAGGCCAUCAACACUGGUAUCGCUCAAUCCGCCACAUCUACACCACCCCUCUCACCCGCCGCCACAACCCACUCCGGCGAGUACCGCACCCUGCACUCCGCGUCUGGCCGCUUCAGUCGUCGUAGGAAGACCGCUUCGUCAGAAGAUGCGGGCGCUGUUGGCAGGCAUUCCCGGAAUACUUCUUCUGCCGGCACUCUAAACGAGGACAACGCUGCUCCCAGCAUCAAGGAAGGAAACAUGGCGUCGCGAUUCUUCAAGCGCGUCAGCACGCUCGGUGGACCCAAAAGCAGAAAGAGUGUCGCUCCUUCUGUGACCAGCUCAAUGAGUGGGCAGGGAACUACUAUCAGCGAACGCGCCGAGGCGGACACGUCGGAUACACCGCCAGGGGUGGUCGUGGGAGACUUGAAUGUACAGUUUCCGGACUCUUUGCUCUGGAAACGCCGCAUAGUCUCCAUCGAUGACCAUGGCGCCCUCUCCUUCUCCCCGACGCAAGGCUCCACCCGCACCAAUUCCCACGUGGCGCGACAAUCCAUUGCCUCCUCAGUUGACACACCUAUCAUGACGCCCGGCGGCGGUAUUGCUGCGAAACGCUUCCCUCUUGCGGAUUUCAAGUCGCCGACGACACCUGACCUUGAACGCCAGGAAUUGCCGCACUCUGUGGUGCUGGAGUUUCCGGACGGCACGACGUUACAGCUGGCUUGCGAGGAUGCAAUGACGCAGAGGCAGGUGUUGCAUUUGUUGAGGAGUUAUUGGAAGAGUUGGGGUGCUGUAAUGUAGGCUUGAGGAGAGCAGGGCGAUGUGUGAAGUUGGUGGAUUUAGUCGGCCGAUUGCAUGUAGUAC